AUGUCGGCAAAUCACGAUGAUGAGCUGAGUGCAUUGCCCACACGUGAAAUGAUCACACUACUGUUCAAGUGCCACAAGUCCACCACCGUUCUAUCAGUCCUGCCUACCAAGCCAUUCUCCGAGAUCAAAGCCCUCUUAGUCGCUGCCCUACAAUCACGAAAUAUCAAGACACUACCAAAUUCCACCAUCCCACUACCAGAUGAUCCUGACGAUUUCGAAUUCGGCGUUCUAGUGGACAAGAAAGACUCAAGCAAGGGUUGGAUAUCAAUUGAGAUCAAAGAGCAGGAACUUGCUGGCCCCAAGCGCACCAAAAGGAAAGUAGGAGGUCCAAAGAACGUUCUUAACGAGAAUCCAGAGACUGCUGGCUUGACGGAUGGCACCUGGGUGGCCUACAGAAUCAAACCUCUGCAGAAGGCACCUCGGGAAGAAGAUGAAGGUCCAGAAGAAGGUACCCCAGAUGUUGAGAUUGAUGAAGAUCCCGGUUGGGACGUGGUCCUCCCAAGUUUUGACGAUGAGGCCGAAUGA